GGCUGUGGGAGAGAGAAGCCCGAACCCAAGUACCCAUCCCAGCCCUCACGGCCACGGCCACGCCCACGCCCACGCCACGAGACGAGAGCUUGCACGAACCAACACGACCCAUCCCCGCCCGGAGGAGAGAGAGAAAGGCCGCGGUGGCCAGCGAGCAACGGAACAAAGGGGCACGGGAAGCGAGGAGCGAGGGAGGAGACGGUUGCCGACAAGGAGAGGGAGGGAGGAACCCGCCAACGGCACGCUGCACAGAGCCUCCCCGGCGACCCAGGCAGGCAGGCGGCGAGAGGACGAGGCGACGGCUCGGGCGUCCAUGGUGGCGUGCGCCUGAGCAGCAGAUAGGCUCGGCCACGCUACGCUGGAGAUGAAGGUGUCCACCAAGGAGCAGCAGCAGCGGCGGCGGGCGGAGGAGGAAGAGGGGAAGGAGGAGGCCAUGGACGCCAGCGCCGGCGGACCGGGGGAGGAGGAGGAGGAGGCGGUGCGCGCCUCCGGCACCGGCGAGGGGGGCACGGUGGUGGUGGGCGUGCGGGCGGACGCCGAGAGCCGGGCGCUGCUCACGUGGGCCUUCGUCAAUGCCGUUGCCGCCGGGGACCGGGUCGUCGCCGUCCACGUCGUGCUCGCCUCCGCGGCCGAGGCCGCCGCCGCGGUGGACUUCGACGGCAUGCUCGCCGUCUACGAGGGGUUCUGCAAUCUCAAGCAGAUCAAUCUCAAGGUGAAGAUUUGCAAGGGCUCGUCGGUCCGCAAGGCGCUGGUUCGCGAGGCCACCCUGUUCGGGGCCUCCAAGCUUGUCCUGGGCAUCACCAAGAGGAAGCGCACCAUUGGGUCCUCCCUGUCAGUUGCCAAGUACUGCGCGAAGAAGCUGCCGGCAAAGUGCGCGGUGCUCGCCGUCAAUGGCGGCAAGAUCGUCUACCGGAGAGAAUCGAAUGCUCACUCCGGCAAGGUGUCGGCCGAGGUUCCUGCCUGUGGUGAUGAUGAGAUGUACUGUGUGCUGCCGUUCGGAGCCCGUCAGAAGGGUGAAGAAGAGAGCGAGUUGCCUUGUGAUGAACCGAGCAAAGAUGGCAGCCCCGAUGACGAAGAACAGCAUGAUGUUGGUGCAAAGGGCAGUCAGCCAGAGGACGUCGUCGCUGAAGAACAGCAACCAUCGAGUGUGGAACCUGCUGAGUUGUCGACGGUUCAGGUUCAGACUGAAGCAGCAGAUCCUGCUGACAGGGACAAAGAGCCAACAAUGAGCCAGAAAGAUGUGGUCGCCGAUCUGCCAGGUGAGGGUGCCAGUGUGCUGUACUGCGUGCUGCCGGAGAGGAAUGACCAUUCAGUUGCAAGUACUUCGAGUCGGCACGAAAGUGACUCGACUGAGCCGCCAGCCGAAGGGGAUGGAGAUCUGUACUGUUUAUUGCCCCCAAGAAAUGGAAAUUCAGGCAGGAGCAGCAGUGAUUCUAAGCGUUCAACUUCGAGUCACAAAGAUGAUGGGGAUCUGUUCUGCCGGCUGUCAAAGAAUGGUGGACACUCAGGUGGGAGUUCUGGGGGAUCCAAGCGUUCUGUUGGUGUAAGAAGUGUGUUUAGGGCCAUCAGGCGGAGCAGUAGUUUCUCCAGUGAUAUUCCAUUGAGCUUUGAAACAUCUGCUGAUAAGAGAGAUGGCUCGGUUUCCAUGGGUGCCACCGAACGUUCUUCUUCCGCCGUGUCUACGGAACCUGAGGAUUUGCAAAAGGAAACACCUACUAGUUCCCCAAUGUCUCUGAGAAGGCUGAUCGAAGGAAGGUCUGACCGCUGCCGCCUGCGAAGGAGAAUCUUCCACCAUGAAAGAACCUCAUCUUUUGAGUGGGCCAAAGUGUCCAUGGUUCAAUGGGCGAUGAGGCUCCCAAGCCGUUACAGUUCUGUGCACCCGGACAACAAAUCCUUGAAAUCUGAUACUAGUCCAAGGUUGCACGGUGAUUCAGAAUGUGAUUCCACUUCCACUGUUGGACCAGAAUCUAUAUUUUCUUUCUCUUUGUAUGAUGUGGCAUGGCCUCCCAGUGAACUGGGGUCGCUUCAAGAAGAGUAUUCUUCAGUAUGUAGGCUAUUUAGUUAUGAGGAGCUGAAACUGGCUACAUCAAACUUCUCACCAGAUAUGUUGAUUGGGAAGGGAGGAACUAGUCACGUUUACAAGGCACAGUUAAAUGAUGGCACCUUGUAUGCUGCAAAGAUUCUGAAACCUUCAGUUGAUGCACUUCAGGAGUUUAUUACGGAGAUUGAGACUGUAACCAGCUUGCAAAAUGAUAAUAUUGUCUCACUAAGAGGAUUCAGCUUUGACAACUACUUCCUUGUGUUGGUGUACGAUUACAUGCACCAGGGAAGCUUAGACAAAGCGCUUCAUGGCAAGUGUGAGUAUAGCCUUAGCUGGGAAAAGAGAUAUAAGAUAGCAAUUCACAUUGCAAAGGCGCUUGAAUUUCUGCAUCAUGGUGGUGUCACCGAGUCUGUGAUUCACGGAGAUGUUAAAUCUGCAAACAUCCUCCUCUCAGAGGAUUUUGAGGCCCAGCUGUGUGAUUUUGGGUUGGCAAAGAAAGUUUCAGCUUCAACCCCUCACCUAACAUGCACUGACAUCACAGGAACUUUUGGGUACAUGGCACCUGAAUAUUUUUCGCACGGGAAGGUGAACAAGAAAAUCGAUGUGUACGCAUUUGGGGUUGUGCUGCUGGAGAUAAUUUCAGGGAGAAAACCCAUUAUAACAGGAUGUGCGAAGGGCCAGGAAAGCCUGGUUGGAUGGGCAAGGCCACUACUUUCAAGUGGGGAGAUCAAGCAGCUGGUGGAUUCGGCUCUGGGGAACGACUACGACUGUGAUGAGAUGGAGAGGAUGACACUCGCUGCCUCGCUGUGCACGAGGACAUCUUCUGAUUCCAGACCCGAAACGCCGCUAGUCCUGAAACUGCUUGAGGGGGAUGACGAGACGGUCCAGUGGGCGAGGUCGCAGAUGUGCGCAGGCUCGGACGUGUCGGACGAGGAGGCGAUGACCCCGCGCUCAAACAUGCAGUCCCACCUGAACCUGGCGCUGCUGGGCGUGGAUGAGGAGGACACGCUGUCGCGGUGCAGCACGGAGCGGACCGCCGACACCUCGGCGGACGGCGGGUACUGGAGCCGGUCCUCGAGCUUCGACUAGGCGAUCCAGCCAGCCGUCUGUGGUCUCUGUACAGUUCCUGACGAUUGGUUGUGGCAUCUGGACUGGGGGGGAUUCUUUGGUGGGUGCUUGGCUUGGCUUGCUCAUGUAGGAAGGAUUCUUGAGUGGGUGCUUGGCUUGGGUUGCUCUGCUCAUGUGUGUGUGUGUGUGCAGGGAGAGAGAGAGAUGCCUGAUGCUGUUGUUGAUGCUAAUUGAAUUGAAUUAGGAGUUGCUUUUGUAGUUUUGUAGUAGCAGUUGUAGAUCUAUCUAACCUUUGCUGGCCUUGGGUGGCACAACAUUCUACGAUUAUGAGGAAUGAAUGUAUGGUUUCGUGGUGCAUCAAGAUUGGAAUGAAAUCGAUUGCUCUCAA